AUGCAAACCCGACACCUCUUCACCUUUGCCGCUGGCCUGGCGCUGGCGGCCGCCAAGAUCUCGACCUCUUCGCUCGAGAACUUCGUCGACUCGCUGAGCCUCACCAGCUCCUUCAACCCCAUCAAGGAGGCUUACUGGACCGGCUACCCCCACCAUCGCCGUACCCCCUUCGCCGUUUCCCCCGAUGGCUCCAAGGCCUUCCUUGCCUACCUCGACUCCAGCGGCACUGGCGUCCACGUCCAGGGUGUUGACCCCACCACCUUCGCGGCUGUUGGCACCGCCGUUAGCAUUUCCGGCGGUCUGGAGGCCGGUGGCCUCGUCGCUCACGACGACGGUUUCGCUCUUCUUACCAACGAGGUCGUAAGUGGUCAGGCUGACGGUGUUGGUAUUGCCGUUCUGUACCGAUACACCAAUGGCGUCAAGACCUUCCGAACCCUGCUCGGUGGCCCUGAUAUCGAUGCCUCCGACUCUCUCGCCUCCCCUGAUAUCAACGGUGACCUUGUCUACUCUGAGAAGGCCGGUUACUAUGCUGCUUACAUCGUCGUCACCUCUUACUCUGGUUCCGCCUCCGGCCACUUCGGUGAUGCCAUCCGCUACAUCACCAAGGCCGGCAAGCUCGAGACCAUCGCUGGCGCCUCUUCCUCUUGGGGCUGCUCGCACAACACCGGUAUUGCUUUCGAGGCGGCUGACGAGGCUCCUUUCGCGUCCCUCUGCGCCGAGGACCAGGGUGCUAUCUGGCUGAACACCGAGACCCAGGGCAUGGGCAACAACGGUGUCAAGGUCUCCAACGAGCACGUCAUCAACGGUGCCAGCAACGAGCCCAUGGGCGGAAUGAGCGGUUCUUACAGUGUCCUCGCCCGCUUCAUCGACUCCGACUCGUACAUCUUCUCCUGGGUCUCCCGUGGUGCCAUUGACCUGACCGAGAACUCGUGGAUGGGCGCCGGCUACACCACCUCCCAGAACCGCACCAACAACCGAAACAUCGCCAUCGCUCUCUUCUCCGACAAGAAGACCCUCAAGGGAUCCCAGGCCACCUCCGUUGUCGGCUCUGAGGACGGUGACAGCCAGGUCAACUGGAUCACCGAGGGCUCCAACGAUUGCUCCAACGCCCACGUUGCCGCCUUCGAUGGUACCAACGCCCUUGUCUCUUGGGAGGAGAUCUCCAACCCCAUCUGCGACUUCGAUGCUAUGGGCUGCCGCGGUACCUUCGCCGGUACCAAGUUCCAGCUUGUCGACAGCACUGGCGCCAAGUCUGGUGAGGCCAUCUCCUCCACUGACACCACCGUUGCCGGAGACAUGGUUACCAUGUCCGACGGCCGUAUCUGCUGGCCUUACGUCUCCAUGGCAUGGUCUCUUACCGGCCCUACCACUGGCAGCGCCGUUAGCAAGAUGUCCUUCGCCUGCAUGAGCAACGGAAGCGGUACUGGCAGCUCUGCCUCCUCCGCCGCUGCCACCAAGUCCGCUACCAAGUCCGCUGUCGCCUCGUCUGCUGCUCCCACCAAGUCUGCUGCUGCCUCUUCCGCCGCUGCCGUCCAGUCCACCGUCGCUGCCGUGUCCAGCUCCGUCAAGGCCGUUGAGGAGACCGCCGAGACCACCACCUCUCUGCCCUCGGAUGCUCCCCGUCCUACCUUCGUCACCCUCUCUGAGUCCGUGUCCAACAUCCUGGCCGCGCCCUCCUCUUCCGGCGUUGCCUCUUCUGGUGUUGCCUCUUCGGCCGCCGCCGCCGUGACCUCCGCCGCUGCCUCCUCCGCCGCUGAGACCACUCCUGCCCUUCAGCUUACUGACGCCGUCACCUCUGCCAUCACCCCGUCUGUGCCUACCACCACCGCCAUGGCUGGCGAUGAUGAUGAGGGCGACUGCGACGAGGAGGAGUCCACUUCCACUACUUCCACCUCUACCAAGGUCUCCAAGACGAAGACCAAGACCCGCAAGACCAAGACCCGCAAGAGCAGCACUCGCACUCGCACCGCUGGCCAGGCCUCUGGUGCUAACAACACCAAGGUGUGCUCUGCCCACACUGUGGUCAAGACCGUCUACGUCACCCAGACCCCCCAGGCCGUGCCUCACAGGGGCUACUAA